AUGCGAAUAAGAAUAUACCUAUUUUUAUUAUUGUUUACCUACUGCCACGCGUACCUGCUGGAAAAUUCCGUCAUUGGCCAACCUGAAGUCAUAUGUGAUACCGAUGAAAUUGCGCUUCGCUUCAGGACCCAGGGUCCAUUUGGGGGCAAGAUUUUUGUGAAGGGCUUCGUCUCGGACCAAAAUUGCGUGAAACCGGGUGAUCAGGCUGUCGAUCAGAAGUUUGGGAUAGCCUUCGAUCAAUGUGGGAUCAGGAGAGAGAGACAGAUCAACGGUGUCACCAUUGCCGCCACCGUAAUCGUCUCUUUUCAUACGAUUUUCAUCACCAAAGUCGACAGAGCAUACCGUAUCUCGUGUUUUUACAUGGAAACCAGCAAAACGGUCCGGCAACAAUUGGACGUCAGUGCCUUAACGACGCAACUACUCGAGAAUCAAAUUGUGAUGCCGACGUGCAGGUACGAAAUCCUUAGCGGUGGUCCCACCGGGAAAGUUGCACAGUAUGCUCGGAUCGGAGAGACCGUUUAUCACAAGUGGACCUGUAGCUCGCCACUGGCCGAUGUGUACUGUAUGAGGGUACAUUCGUGUACGGUAGUCGACGGCCAGGGCGGAAGUCCCUUUAGUGUCCUUGAUGAGAAUGGUUGCCAAGUCGACGAAAGCCUACUCCACAAUCUUGACUACAUCGAUGACCUCAGCGCCGGACAGGAGGCCCUUGCCUUCAAAUUUGCCGACAAGUCCGGGCUGUACUUCAACUGCCAAAUACAGCUGACGCUCAAGGAUCGACAGUAUGGGUGCUCGGUGUCGCAGCCUGAGUGCACAGCGUCCUAUCCUGACAGUGACGGUGACCAGAUCGCGGUUCCGGCUUCGGCUACUGAAGCCGAGAAUCUGGAUGAGCUAGGACAAGGCUCGCCAUACGAACACCAAAGCGGCUACACCCAACGACCAAAUGACGUGGAUUCUGAUGCUUCCCUCGACGUCUCGGACCAACAUCAUGAAUCUGGCUACACUACGAAAUCGCCAGAUCCGCAGGAUUCCUCCGAAAGCUAUCCGAUCCCGCCGGCAAUGACGGGGAAAGACCAACCCUCCCACGAGUCGCCUUACUUCCGAGGUCAAAAGGACAUUUUCGAGCCCGAGGGAGCACCAUUUAGUGCGAAGGCGAAGCGCCAGAAAAAAGACGUCGUCGCCGAUUUCGAUCUACCGCAAACGAGUCUAGUCGUUUUCGGUCUAGAAGAUGAGGAACCCGUUGGAGAACAUUCAAAAGAUGUGGAUAGGAGCUCUGCGGAAAAUGGCGUCAACUUUGCUUGUAUCAGAACAAGCCGCGUCUGGCUGUCGGUAAGUAUCGUCGUGUUCGUCUUGCUGCUCCUCAUCUCCGGGCUGUUGUUCGUCAUCUGGAAGCAGCGGACGUUGAUAAAGGAAAUUUACGUUCAA